AUGAUCAAAAAAUACGCAAAAUUUAUCGCGCCUUUUCAAUUAAUCGUCAUAUUUAUUAGACGUAUGAUCUUUCGUACGAUAUUUGCCAAAGUUAUCAGCGGCGAUAACCUCUGGACAUACAUCACAAUUAUCCAUUGCCUUUAAAGAUGAUGAGCGGAGGCGAGUCCAGCAGUUGAUGCUGAGACGUUGCACGAACAAAACAUGAAGAUCAAACGCGACUCCCCCGUGUCCAUGAUGGACCCGUCCCUCCUGUUGCGGCCGGAGGAGAAGUACGGGGACAAGCCAUUAGAGGCGUUCCGGGACUACUCCGUAGACGAGACCGACCCGAUCAAACAGCGCGUGAGGAAGACCUACUACGACAUGCAUUCUAAUAUGACUGUCGACUUUGUUAAAGGUAAAAUGGACAAAUGGUUAAAAUUCAACCAUUUUAAAUCGACCGUGAAGGACGCCCUGAUCAGACUCAACGACCUGGUGGACGAGUCCGACCCCGACAUAGACCUUCCGAACAUCGUGCACGCGUUCCAGACUGCCGAGAGGAUCCGCGAAGACCAUCCUGACGAUGACUGGUUCCAUCUCAUUGGACUCAUUCACGAUCUUGGAAAGGUGAUGGCGUUCUACGAAGAGCCUCAAUGGUGCGUGGUGGGUGACACCUUCCCGGUGGGCUGCAAGUGGGGCAAGUCCAUUGUCUAUGGCGAUGACAGUUUCAAAACCAACCCGGAUACUUACAACCCUAAAUACAACACUGAUUGCGGAAUGUACAAGCCGAAAUGCGGUCUCGAGAACUUGAUGAUGUCUUGGGGACACGACGAAUACCUCUACAGAGUAUUGAUGCAUAAUAAAUCCAAAUUUCCACAAAAAGGACUUUAUAUGAUUAGAUAUCAUUCAUUCUACCCGUGGCACGCCGGCGGCGACUACAAACACCUCCUGGUCGAUGGAGACAACGAGAUCAUGAAACAUGUCCUUGAGUUCAACAAAUAUGAUCUAUACACGAAGAGCGCGGCCAUCCCCGACAUCGAGACGCUUUGGCCGUACUAUGAAUCUCUUAUAGACAAAUAUAUUCCUGGAGAACUGGAAUGGUAGAAGGCGUUCAACUAAAUAUAUUAGUAUGUCUAAUUUAUUAAAUUAAAAAGGAUUUAUAUUUAGAAUGAUAUGAAGAUAUUUGUAUAUAUACUGAGAUUACUAAGAUAAAAAUAAACUAAAUAUAGGUAGGCCUUUUUACGAAAUUCUCGCAGUUCAAUAUUUUGUCUCGUCGAAUAGUAUAAUGUACCGGAUAGCUCAUUAGAUACCCAGUAUUUAUAUCAAAUGUGCAAACUAAUAUUUGAAUACUGACGAACUAAGUGUAUAUACUUUUUUAUCAAAAAGAGUACUCAGGAGUCAGAAAUAUAAUGUAACAGGAAAUAUUUCAGUAAAUGUUCACUUGUAUUUCACAGCUUUUAUUCUUUUGGAAUAAUUUCUAUAUACAUUUUUAAGAUCUUACACUUCUUUUACAUCACUACUUGUCUUCAAAAGUUAAGUUCUUUGGAAAUGGUGUGUUUACUUCGAAAUAUUGUAAUCUCAUUUAUAAAUAAUGUAAUAAUUAUGUUUUAAUCUAAAAAACAAUUUACUUAAGUUUAAUAAAUAAUGUAAGAAAAA